AUGUUUGCUAGGUCCUUCUUCUUUCAAUCCAGAACCCUUGGAACGAGGCUCACAGCUCUAAGAUUCCAGUCUUCAGCAGCUAAUAAGCGCUUGCAGGAGCUAGUGGAGAAAAUGGACCAACAUCCACAAUGCAAGGAAGCAUUAGCAAGAGUCGGAAAUAUCAUUAAAGAAAAGGGAUAUGGAGCUACUGACCCAAAGAAAUUGUCCUCAAUUUCCACGCAGUUGAAGUUUUUAAUGGAUAAAGACAUAAGGGAAUCCUUGGGAAAUUUCAAGAGAGAGCUGGAUAAUGCUGGAAUCUCUCUUACUCCAGAAGAUAUUAAGAAUUUUAUGGGAUUAUACAAAGAUAGAUUGAUUAAAUAA